UGUUAGAAUGAAGACCAUAUUGUUUUUACUCGCUAUAUUAGGAUUUAUUCACUCUAUACCAAUACAGAAGCCAACUGAUGGCCAUCUCGCGGGUGUAUUUGACGAGAAUUUUCCUGAAGAAAAUCCAGGUUUGUUUGAAGGGGAUAUCGAGCUAGAACCAGGUGAAAAUAUUUAUGAUAGAAACGCCAUUUUGAAUAAAGAUAAACUGUGGCCAAAUGGUGUUCUGCCGUAUAUCAUCUCGUCUACUUACUCUUCAGGACAACAAGCUGUAUUAAAAAAUGCCAUGAAGACAAUAGAAGAAAAAACCAAGGUCAAUGGUAAAACUUGUAUUCAGUUUAAACCCCAUACCAACCAACAUCAGUAUAUUAAAUUUGUUGAUGGAACAGGAUGCCAUACACCAGCCGGUAUGAGAUCUGGUGCCACACCUGUCACUCUGGCGAGAUAUUGUAUCCAAACUGGAACUGUCAUGCACGAGAUAAACCAUGCUCUUGGAAUGAUGCACGAACAAAGUAGACCAGAUCGCGAUGAUUAUGUUACAAUAGUUGAGAGUAAUAUUCAAAAAGGACAGGAAAUCAACUUCAUGAAAUUCAAACAGUUGGACGAAUUGGGUCAAUCUUAUGAUUACGGAUCUCUUAUGCACUACCCUGCCCAUGCUUACGCCAUUGAUAAAAGUAAGCCUACCAUUAUACCAAAACAAAAAGGGGUUAUUAUUGGUCAACGAACUCAUCUCAGCCCGAUCGAUAUCAAAGAAAUUCAGAUUUUGUAUGGCUGUAUACCAAGACCACACUGA